AUGUUCGUACAUUUGACUGCUGCUACACCUCAAAUCAAUCUUUAUCAUACAGAUUCGGUAAGUAGUAUUGAAGAAAACAAUAAAAUUACAGUGAAACACAAUUGCUUACGCGUUCUUGCCACUGUUGAUAACAAGGAGUUUUAUUAUCAAAUGAUCUCAUACUGUAUGGACGAGUUGUCCGAAAAAGUCCACGUGAUAAACGAUGAUUCCUCUUCGAAAUUUAGUUUUGUUGAUCUAGCAAAACAAAAUAUAACAAGCGAUCAGUUGUAUCUCUGGUCAGCACCAAUUGACACCGUCGAAAAUUAUCAAUUGUACUUAAAUCAAUUAUACAAAUCAACAACAUUAAGAGAAAAAACUUUCUAUAAUUGUACACUUCCCAGGUUUGGCCCUAUGUGCCAAUAUGAAUUCUAUGAUUUCAACUCGAACUAUUCAUCAUUACACGAGAUUAUUUAUGAUAUUUAUAAACGAUAUCUUUUCCCAACGGACAGUGUGACCUGCUACGAACAUUUACAAUGUAAUCGCGGUCCUUACCCGAUUUGUUUGGAUUGGACUGAAAUUUGUAAUAGACAAGUUGACUGCAUUGACAGUGAAAUCGAUGAAGAACAUUGUUGGCAAUUAGAAAUGAAUCAAUGUAAAGAUACGGAAUUUCAAUGUCCAAAUGGUCAGUGUGUUCCUCGAAUAUUUGUUCAAGAUAACAUUAAUGUUGUCGAAUGUCUUGAUGAAUUUGACAGUUAUUACGAUGUGUUCAGACAAAAACUAUGUAUGUUGCAUGAACCGUCAUUUGAUUGUGAAGAUAUCCGAUGUCAACAGAACGCUCUAACAAGUGAUUGUAGGUCUCGCCAAAGCAAUGUUCUCAAAUCAAUCUUUUCCGUUCAAGGCAAUUCUAUAUCUGAUUCCUGUUGGAAUGCACUUAAGUGUAGAAUUGAUUUCGAACUUCUUAAUUACACGUACUGUUCACGAUUUUGUCUACUUGACGACUGUAUUGAAAUUAUAAACGACGAAUGUUCUAAUUUGGUUUUCUUUCCUGCUGUCCCAGUCCUAUUUAGUCAUAUCUACUUUGCUUUUAUUAAAAAUCAAUCACAAGACUUUCGAUACCCAUACAUAUGCUACAAUAAUUCUCGUUAUGAUCGUUAUUUUCAAAAAGCAUUCAAAAUUCAUAUCAAUAACACAGUUUGUUAUUUUCGGAACGAUACAUUUCNUUUGAGUCGUUUAUGA